GCAUCAUAAAAGAUGGGCGACACGAAAGACGGUCCUUGGAAGGACCCUUUCGUGCAAUCGGCCCCAGAGCCCCUGCCCCUUCAAGCACGUGAACGGCAUGCAUAACUCCCCGGAUGCGACCUACUUCAUUUCACCACCUGCACCGUCGUCGUCAAAGAUAAGCAGAUACUAGUCUAGGAAUGUUGUCGUUUGUGACGAAAAAUAUCACAAGUGGAAGAUGUUGCAGCAUCGUUUGGUCUUCUCGUUCUAGCCAGCGGUCUGUGAGAUGUCUUUCAGGAACUCCAAAUUACUCCAGCAGCAAUCCUUCAGAGAAGUAUGAUAACCUGAAAGCUGUAAAGACACCAAUGCUACCUCCUAAUACCUAUAAGGGCAAGACGGCCUUUGUGACUGGAGGUGGAACAGGACUUGGAAAAGCCAUGACCAAAAUGUUAUCUCAACUUGGAGCUGAGGUUGCUAUUGUCAGCAGAUCUGCAGAUGUUCUGAAGAGUACAUCGGAAGAGAUCUCCGCUGAGACUGGAAACCCUGUUCAUCCAAUCCCUGCUAAUAUCAGAGAUCCUGAGGCAGUUAAAGCCUCCGUAGAUCAAUUUGUAGAGAUCUGUGGAGGUCUACCGGAUGUCGUCAUCAAUAAUGCUGCUGCUAACUUCGUAGCUCCCUCUGAACGGCUCUCACCCAAUGCAUGGAAGACAAUAGUUGAUGUGGUAUUAAAUGGAACUACGUAUGCCACCCUGGAGAUAGGAAAAAGACUAAUAGAGCAAGAGAAAGGUGCCAAUUUCUUGACAAUCAGCACAACAUACGCAGCCCUAGGUUCUCCUUUUGUUACUCCUAGUGCCGCUGCAAAGAGUGGACUUGAAAACGUUACCAGAAGUUUAGCAGUGGAAUGGGGUCGUUAUGGAAUGAGGUUUAACUGCAUUGCACCUGGAGGAAUCUACACAAAGGGUGCCUUCGAUAGACUGGAUCCUACUGGUCAGUUCGCUCAGAAGCUUGCCGAAUCUACCCCUACUGGUCGGAUGGGAGUACAAGAAGAGAUAGCUAACCUUGCUUGUUAUCUAUGCAGUGACUAUUCAAGCUGGUUUAAUGGAGAAGUGUUUAGUUUUGAUGGUGGCCAGACACUGCAGGCUUCAGGAAUGUUUAGUGGUUACCUUCAGCUCACCAAGGAACACUGGGAUCUAGCAGAAUCAUUGAUUAGGAAAACCAAAGGCUCAUAGUAACAACCGAUCACAUGACAGUCAUGUGACUGUCACAUGACCAGUCUAUACACUGCUGAAGAACUUUUAUACAUGUAUAAGUUCAGCCAUGAAAGAUGUUCCAUCAACACCAACUUCAAUAUCCUUCAUUAAAACAUGCUAGUAAUGAAAAAAAAAACAGGAAUAGUUGUCAUCUGAGUCCACUGUAAGAAAGGCUAUUGCUACAUAUGAUUACAAAGUAAAAAUUUGACAACCUGUGAUUAUGAAUGUGGUAAAAAUUUUGUUUGAAUGGAACUUAUUCAUCAUUUAUACUUGAUUACCCUUGUUUCAUGAACUACAUGUGUUGGUCCAUAAGUUUUCUAAAACAUGUAAUCAGCUCGAUAUUUCUUUAUUUGAUAAAGAUAGAAAGAGUUAAAUGAUUGCAUUUGUGUGAAGGUGAUUCACUAAACCUUAGCAUGGUAUCAAUCAUGCAAUCAAAACUCAUCAGUAUAAAUUUUGCAUUAGUAUCAUAACAAUGGUCUUGAAUAUUGUACAUGAGUUCCAUUGUAUUAUUGAUUUAUCCUCAAACUGGCCAUGGAGGAUAGUACUCCAAAAGGACUAAUUUUAUUAUCUAAAUUUCAAUGUGAAUUUUACAUUAUGAUAUUCUACUCUGAAAUGAUUUGUUGAACAAAAGUAGGUAAAACAGGGUCAGUAAACGGUAAAUUGCCAACUCGUCCAGUCACCACAUGGUCUACCUUCAUUAAUGCCAUUCUGUCCAACAUUUUGUUAACAACUAUUUGGUCCAAUCAUCACUUCGUCCAAUCACCAGUUCAUCUAUGACCAUUUCGUCUCAUUUUCAUUUUUGUUUUCAUUUCAUUUAUUUUCCACAAGUCAAUCAAAAUACAAAGCAUAACUCAAUCUGAAAUAGUAUUAAAGAUUACAAAAUUGAAUAUAAAAGAAAUACAAUCUUGAGUGUUACAUUUAAAGUGGAUGGACCUAAAGUAAAGCAAGAGCUUGUUGUGAAUAGGCCCUUAACAACUAAAUACACAAUCAUUGACAACUGGGAAUAAAAUAUAGUAGAGCAAAGCUCGGAGAAAGUAACAGAACUGCACAAGGACACAACAAAAGUGGAACAAAAAACUGGGACACACAGGUUACGAGACAAUUCAAAGAAGAGAAGAAAAAACACAGAAGACCCAUCUAUUAUUGCCAUUCAAGUUUAAAAUGAUCAGAGGGGAAAAUUGAUGUUUUGACGUAUGCCAUGAACAACAUAGUUGCAAGGGCAUCUGCAGAUGUUCAUAUAAAUACCUGUAAUUUGUUUGCAUGACAGAUGGACGGACAGAGUGAGUGAUGGAAGAGAGAGACCGGCAGACAAGGGUAAAUAAAAAUAGAUUGUGUUACAAAACUAUUUUCUACACAUGGUUUCUAUGGGUUACAAUACAGACUCAAUUGAUCUUUUUAUCUCACAAUCAAGGGAAUUCCAAUAUUUGGGACCUGAAUAAAUAACAGUACUGUGGGUCAGUUUUGUUCUAGUUUUCAGAAGAUGAAACAAAAAUGCUUGAUGUGUUUGAUAAUUAUGCAAUUGGUUGUUUUUAAUGAAUAAAUAACUAAGUGCCAGAGGCAGGUCAUUAUUGUUCAAUUGAAACAUAAGGACCCCAAUUGCCAAUUGAAAUUAUCAGAGACUUAAAACAAUUUUCUCCAAGAAGAGGGGACCUGUAUGAGACCGUGGAUGGGCAUUACAAAUGAUACGAAUUGCUCUCUUUUGUAUAACAAAAAUGUCAUCAAGUUGAAGCUUCAUAGAAUUCACCCAGGCAAGAAUCCCACAGUUUAAAUAUAGGAGUAAUAAAGUAGAAUAUAACAUAUACAUAAUGUGGUCUCAUAACCAGUUGGUCUGAUAUUCUUAUAUUAUUAUUUUCAUUCAUUUUGCCCAAUUAACACUGAGUCUGAUUAGACCAAAUGGUAUAUGGACUAAAUGGCUAUUGGACCAACUGGUUAUUAGACAAAAUGGUAAGAGGACGAAAUGGCAAUUCGACCAUGUGGAUAUUGGACCAACUGAUGGUAGACCAAAUGAUAGUAGAUGAGUUGGCAAUUGGACGAAUUGGCAUUGGACCAAAUGAAAAUAAACCAUCAAAACUCAGGGAUUUAGAAGAUCUGUGAUUUGAUGAAGUUGCAUUUCAAAGGAGUACAGUGAAAGUAUUGACAGGGCAACUUGAUGGGAGAAGGGGGGGGGGGCAACAUAAAAUACAGAAGUUAUAUAUAGGUACCUUUCAACAUUGCCACCCUCUUCAUUUGCUGGUUAAAUUGUUUUUUUCUAUUUGGUUCACCCCUCCACCUCCUACAGUACAGCCCUGGAUUAUAAAUCUUUUAGUAAAGCAAUGUAUAAUACAUGUAUAUUAUAAACAGAAGGGUUGUAUUCUGGUAGCCGUGGUCUAGUUGAACCUGAAUUGACUGAAACCACACUUUAUUGGAGCGCCGGUUGUGAACUCAUUCACCAAUUCAAAUUAUUCUUAUUCUGCCGCAAAAAGUUGUCCAAAAAAAAAAGAAUUUAGGGGUAAAAUAGGAAUAUACAAAAAAUUGAAUUUUAAUUAAUUUGAUACAUUAAAUUGCCACGAAUGUAGAAGAAAUAUUAUGAAGGCCAGCAUUCCAUUGAAGUGUGGUUUAAAAUUCUAGUUGAGACUUGGGUUAAAUCAAGGUUUAAUCAUCAGAAGACCACCCAAACUGUUUGGUAUAGACAUCUUUUAUAUCAAUUGACCAAAGAUCUUCUUUUGGCCUAACGUUAAUAGUAAUACUUUGUCAUGGAAGUGCUCUAUUCAAUAAAAUGUGAAAAACUUA